GGAGAGCUGUGGGAAAGUCUACUGUGAGGAGGCAUGUGUCCUUGGGAAGCAGAGACUUACACCUUCUCUUUUGGUGUGGACGUUAUACAUUUUUGUCACGAUUCAUUUCCUGUCACCCGAGGGGGCUCGCGGGCAACUACAGUGCGCGCGCACACUUUGAACCCCUUUUAACUUUCUCCCUCGGGAUUACGCACAGGGACUUUCUUCCACGGAGAUGUCAGGCUGAGAUGUCAAGUGUCUCCAAGAGAGGAGGAGGAAGCGUUUUACCGCUGUGGAGUUUUGUUCCGUGGGUGACACUUUACAUUUACUCGGAUACUCUUUUUUUUUUUUUUUUAAACAUGAGCGAGCAGGUAGGGCUUCAGUGCCUUGCGCGAGGACACCUAACCGGGGCGCGCGGCUGUUGAUGGACUCCUGCUGGGAUCAAACCUGCAACCUUUUAGUCUCGGCACAGCCAAAAAAACAACUCUGCCACCCUGCUUCCUGCUGUUGAAACAACCUGUAUCACACCCACAGUAUGGAUUACUGCACAUUUAACAACUUUUCUUCUAAUAUGGAUUUAAUUAGGUGCGAACUGUGAUACCUGCACGUUUCUUAUAAUGACUUUCACCUUGACGUGCGUUCCCACCACAUAUCCUGCGGCUUAGUGUUGUUUCUGGCACGUUUUUAUGAAGAUAUCAGAGCCCUCUGUACACUUAAAAGAGUUGUAGCCCUAAAUCUCGUCGGCUCUCAUGGGACUGAGGCAUUCGUCGCGUUGUUUGCUGCUACGGCGGAAGAUGGCGGAGGCGGACAGCUCGGAGCGGCAACAGCCUGUCACGUCCCCCCUCUCUCAGUCUGCCCAGCCCUCCCCACUGCCUAAACCAGUGCCUACUGCCCACCAUGUGCCCUGCGUCCCCCACACGCCUCAUGUAGCAGCCCUGGCCACCUGUCCUGGUCGAGGCAAGAUUGCCAAGUUCAUCAGCCCGGAGGAUAUGACGUCACGGGACUACUACUUCGACUCUUAUGCCCACUUUGGCAUCCACGAGGAGAUGCUGAAGGAUGAGGUGCGGACGCUGACCUACCGGAACGCCAUGUACCACAACAAGCACGUGUUCAAAGAUAAAAUCGUCCUGGAUGUCGGUAGCGGCACGGGGAUCCUCUGCAUGUUUGCAGCCAAUGCCGGCGCCAAACAUGUGUAUGGGAUCGAAUGUUCGAGCAUAUCCGAAUACUCCGAGAAGAUUAUCAAGUCCAAUCACCUACACAACGUCAUUACCAUCUUCAAGGGCAAAGUGGAGGAGGUGGAGCUGCCUGUGGAGAAGGUGGACAUUAUCAUCUCAGAGUGGAUGGGCUAUUGCCUCUUCUACGAGUCCAUGCUCAACACCGUCAUCUUCGCCAGGGACAAGUGGCUGAAACCCGGAGGCCUGAUGUUCCCCGACAGAGCGGCUCUCUACGUGGUAGCCAUCGAAGACAGGCAGUACAAGGACUUCAAGAUUCACUGGUGGGAAAACGUGUACGGGUUCGACAUGAGCUGCAUUCGCAAUGUGGCCAUCAAAGAGCCUCUGGUGGAUGUGGUAGAUCCAAAGCAGGUGGUGACGAACGCCUGCCUCCUAAAGGAAGUGGACAUCUACACCGUGAAGCCAGAGGACCUGUCCUUCACCUCAGCCUUCUGCUUGCAGAUCCAGCGCAACGAUUACGUCCAUGCCCUGGUCACCUAUUUCAACAUCGAGUUCACUAAGUGUCACAAGAAGACUGGUUUCUCCACUGCUCCAGAUGCUGCCAGCACACACUGGAAGCAGACAGUGUUUUAUUUAGAGGACUACUUGACUGUCAAGAAGGGAGAGGAGAUCUUUGGCAGCAUCACUGUCAGGCCCAAUGAGAAGAAUGUGCGUGACCUGGAGUUCACCCUGGAGCUAGACUUUAAAGGACAACUAUGUGAGGCCGCCAUUUCCCACGACUAUAAAAUGCGUUAAGAACAACAACCAACCAACAAACUAUCCUCAGCCCCUCUCGACACUCGCGGGAAAGGGGGGCGGCACAUGCUCUCCAUCGAGCAUUCCAGUUGGCCAGCAAGGGCGACCAGACGCAUCUGAACGGAUGCCAUCAUGCCAGCACCCAAGUGAUGUCAUCCGAAUAAGCAAGUAUCUCUCAGCAAUAGUGCCAUCACCUGUUCCAACUUGAUAGACUCGGGCACAUCGUUGAAUGUAACAUCCUAAAUGAACUUGAUUUUUUUUUCUCUCUCUCACUAGUUUCUGGAAAUUGUAUAAUUUUGAGUAUUAAAUGAAAAGUCUUUAUAUUGUUAGUGCAGCUAAUUGAAAGCAUUGAUCUGCGUGAUGUGGAGAAGGUUACAGCACAGUCAGCAUCUGUUUUUCCUUCUGAUGAGAUUCAUCACGCACUGUGUCAUUGUAUAGAGGGUGCAGUAAUCAGUUGUGUUUUACUUUAUUUAUUACUUGCAUGUUAACGUUUGUUUUGCUUCAUUGAUUCCAGAAGGACGUGAAAUGUAAUUUCUUUAUUUCUUUAAUUGAGGAUAAUUCAGAACAAAUGUACUUUGGUACCAGAAUAAAACAGAACAAUGCCUCAGAACAGGAACAAACACAGAUGCAAUACGUCAUGGGACACUCUGUUUUGAUCGGACAAACAAGGAAUGUGAAAAACAAGAUGAUGAUGAUGAAUAAAAUGUCAAAGAAUCA